UUCACUCAACUCACUCAUAUCAUAUAAAUAUUAAAUGUUUGUCAUUGCAUUACUUGUAGUGUUACCAUACACACUUCAUUCUCAUUCUUCUUACUCUAGUUACCCUAACUAAUUAUAUCACCAUGUAUGCACACUCUAAUUCCAACAAUAUCCCAUUAUUCUCAACACCUUUUGUUCAACAAAACUCCAUCCAUGAUUUCACUGAGUUUGACUCGUUCCAAGACACUCUCUCCCAACUCAACAACUCGGAAUUGAGUAGUGGCUAUAGCAGCUAUGGUGGAUCGCCUUCACCAACUCCAAGUACUCCCAUCUUCAUGCAGAGAAGCAUUAGCAGUCAUUCUCUUUAUCAUAACAAUGGGACCCGCCGUCAUCCCCUCUCCGCUUUUUUCGCUGAAUUGCUCGGCUCUGAAGACACUCCCGUGCGAAAAGUUUCCAGCACGGGAGAUCUCCAGAGGGUUAAGAGAAUGCAACAUAAUCAUCAUCAUCAUGUGGAUAGUCCAUUGUCUAGUGAAAGUAGCAUGAUCAUAGAAGGUAUGAACAGAGUUUGUCCAUAUAGCCCGGAAGAGAAGAAACUCAGAAUUGAAAGAUACAAAAGAAAGAGGAAUCAAAGAAACUUCAACAAGAAAAUUAAGUAUGUUUGUAGGAAGACAUUAGCGGACAGGAGGCCUCGAAUCAGAGGACGGUUUGCGAGGAACGGUGAAAUCGAUACGAACAAUACUUCAGUUCAGUGGAGUCACAUUGGUGGUGGAGAGGAAGAAGAUGAAGAAGAUGAGAAUUGGAUUAAUGUCUUUGAUUCCAUAGUUGCUGCAAAUCUUGUUCAUGAUGAGUUUCAAGGAAGUUCAUCUUUUGGUCUAUUGUAUUAGAAUAAUUAUUAAGAUUAUUAAGUUUAGCUAGUUAAUUAUUUCUUUUUUCCAUUUUUAAAGUAUUAUUGUACUUAUCAAAUUAAGUAGUAAUGUAAAUAUAUUUAUCUCUA